AUGAUAAUCGAAGAAUUAUCACAAGAAAUCCAAUCAUUCUUCAUUAACAAUCAAAACUUUUGGAUUCACCGAAUAUUGGCCGAAGUAUUAAACGCUGUGGUUCCAAGAGCUGCUACAUGUCACAAACUUUUAAAUUUCUGCUUCGAUCAUAUCGAGCAUGACGCAAGUCUGGUAUUUAAGUCGCGAAGUUUCAGAGUACUCGAUCAAUCGAUACUCUUGCAAAUAAUGAGACGUGAUGACUUGAACAUACGUGAAAUUGAUAUUUGGAAUAAUUUGAUUAGGUGGAUCUUUUUUACAUGUAAUCGUCUGCAAAUUGAAUCUUUUGAUACAUUCAGUCAAGCAUUUUUGUUUGAAGACGAGAAGGAAUUUUAUUCCUUUAAACAAAUGCUCGAUACUUUUUUGCCAUUAAUACGAUUCUUUGAGAUAUCAACGGUGGAUUUUGUUAAAUAUGUUCAACCGUUUCGGUCAAUAUUGCCCGAAAGUCUUUUCAGUGAUUUAGUAAAGUAUCACAUAAGUGGCAUAAUUAAAUCACUAAACUCCGAAACUAAAUUUUUAUCACCAAGACUUCCACCAAUAACAAUCGACUCUUUGAUCAUAAAACCAAAACAUGCUACUCUAAUUGCAUCAUGGAUAGAAGGCCACCCGAAGAUAUUUGAUCAAAAUCUUCGCUACAAAUUCAGACGACUAUAUCGUUCAAGUCUAAACGGGAUAAAAACAAGCUCCCCAAAAGAAUUUCACAAAAAAUGCGAUAACGUUGGUCCAACAAUUUUAGUCGUGAAACUACAGAACAGCGAUGAAAUUAUCGGAGGAUACAAUCCAAUGUCUUCAGGCUGGAAACGUAGCUGGUUUAAUUCUUCACGUGGAACAAAGGAUGCAUUCUUGUUCUCAUUUUCGAGUAGGACAAGUUUAAAAGGAGCUAGAUUGAUUAGGGUGUUACCACAAUAUCAUGAAAGUGGGAUUUAUGAUCAUUUUUGGGAUGGCCCUUGUUUCGGUCUAGGUCCCGAUUUGUGGGUUAGUGUUAACAAUGAGAAAAAACUGGGAAAAACAAUGCGACGGGCGUAUAAAGAGAAUUUGAUGCCGAAACAUGAGAAUUUUUGUUGGGAGGAUUGGGAGAUAUUUCAAGUAGUCAGGAAGAUUUAG